ACUCUAGCUUGAUGCUGCCACCACCUGCCUCCUGCUGCCUUGCCUAUGUAGAUAGUAAUGCGAGCCCAAGGAGGGAGCCGUGAGGUGUCCAGGGUCCCCACCCCCUCCUCCUACAAUUCUCUAGCUUGGAAUAGCUUUCUGGUGGAGCGGAUGCAGGAUGCUGCAGCCUGAAGGUCUCCACACCUUAGAGGAGGGGGCGGCCCUGACAGCCUCACGGAAUGACUGCAUCAUCUGCUACUCUGCCUACGACCUCUCAGUACACUUGCCUCGACGUCUCUACUGUGGCCACACCUUCUGCCAGGCGUGCAUGCGGCGGCUGGAUACCCCAGCCCAUGAACAACACUGGAUCCCCUGUCCACAGUGCCGGCAAAGCACCCCUAUGCCCCGUGGAGGGGUGACCAUGUUGGACUUGGACCUGGCUGCCUUCUUGGCAGUCAAAGCUGAACGGGAACCAUCAAAAAUAGAGUCCAGGCCCUCUGUCCCCCUAAAAGUCAGCACUACUAUCACUCAGCAGCCAGCUGGACUCUAUCCCACCCUGGGCCCCCAACCCCAUUUCCCUCAGCCUCGACACUGUUGCCGGGGCUGGGGAAGACUAUGCUGGUAUCCCCCUGGGAACCCCGAAGUCUGAAUUCUGGCCACCCCCACCCCUACAGAAGAAACUGUGCUUAGUAGCUUGCCUACUUUGGAGCCACUGAUCAUACACAGUGCAAACAGAACAGCUGCUAGCAAGAUGACUUUCCUAUAGUGCUAUGUGACAAACGUAGUGUUGUCACUCAGGAACAUUUUGGGCCAUAGCCUAAGGUCAGAGUCAAUGGCCAUGGUGCCAUAAGACUCCGCAGUAGGCUGGUGACCUCCCAUUCUACUGGUCUAGAUUUCCAUACCCCAAAGUAGCUUGCCUUUGUUUGACUAGCCAACAUCCUGCUGCCUAUGCCUCCGUAAACCCAGGACUCAGAAGGACAGGGUCAUACAUGGUUGUAUGUGAGAAUGGCAUUACAGCAGGACUUCCUCUUUAUAAACAUCCAGAGGUAUGAAUCAGGAGGGAGGGCAAGUUACCUUCUCUCUCCCUGGCGUCUCAUUAUUACUGACUAUCUGACAAUGGCCACUGAGCUCCUACCAUGAGUCAGGCUCUGUUCUCAGAGGGUCUGAGAGGGUCUGCAGCACGAUGAUACCUCUUUGACAGGUACCAAGGAAGGGUGCCAUAGAGAGCUAGCUCUGACAGGGGUCUUGACUGAGAUCUCACGGCUCAUUAUCCUAUCUCAAGACUCUCAGCUUCCGUCUACCACGGGUGACGAUAAUACAGAACUUUCGGUAGGUGCUAGAGGUUACAGAUGAUUGAAACCAAGGCCAAAGCUGUAAGCCUCUACCCUUGUAGGAAGGAGCUGUAUUCAGGAGCCCCUGGGAGGAGCCUCCUGGGCAGUGGGUGUAGGAUUGGAGGAAAGAAUUUGCUGAAUAGACAUUGAGAAGACUCCUUCUCUGGGCAAAGUCCCUCAAACAGCUGGGGACAAGGCUGAGCAGUGAGCAGAGAAGGGUGCUUGAACUUGCAGGGCCGCUAGGCAAAUAGCCUCCAGGAGAGCGCCCAGUCCUCAUCACAAAAGCUGGAAGAGGACUGAUCCACAAGAAGGAACAUUUCACAGGCACUUGCUCAACUGGGAAAAGAUACUCAGUAGAGCUCACUUCCUUAGAUGCAGAUAGAGGCGUUAAGUCCUGGACCCCCUGCUGUGCUCCGCAGAAAGCUCUUCUGGAUCCGACCCCACCCUAAAACUCAGAUUUGAAUCUGCUGACCUCAGAGCUUGGGUGCAUUCCCCCACUGAGGAAAUCCAUCUUCCACACCCACUUGGUGCAAAGGGCUUCUCUCUUGUCUCUCUCAGGUGCAGGGAUGACCAUGAUAAGAUUUGCGGAGUUUGCAACACGGAAGGAGAAGGGCAACUUUCUCUGGGGUUUCUAGGCAGCCCCAGCCGGAAUGACAGCAUCCUGCCGGGUGGUGUAGAAUGUCCAUUAAAUGUAUCGCAUGCUUA